CCCUCCCCAACUGGCGUGGCUCACAGGAAUAGGCAUUUCUCAUCCUGAGAGCCUUUUUAGCUUUGUCGCAGUCGUAGUACACCUCGAGGAUAUGUUGUUGUUAAACAUCCUGUGGUGCACAAGGCCAGCAGCGCACGCAUUGGUCCCCAGACCGCUGAGGAGGAGGCUCGGGGCCACGGCGGCAGCGGGAGCAUGCAUUGGCUUGAUGCCAGCAGCACCGGCGCGCGCGGCACCGUUUACCAUAACCCAGGGAAGCGUGGCGCCCGCGCCGACGAAGCUCAUCAGCUCGCAGGCGGCGCUCUACCGCGAAGCCAUGGCCGGCGACGCCGCUGCGCGGGUACGAGCGAACGAAGCCGUCUUCGAGCAGGCGUGGGGCACGAUCUCGACGAUGGCGUACGACCCACUGGCGGGCGUGCGGUUCGACGGCCGGUUCAACGCUCGGGAGUGGACCGCGCGAAAGAAAACAGCGUUUUCGGUCGACGCGCGGCGCUUCGAGACGCCCGCGGGCACGCGCGCGGAGAUCGAGACGCUGCUCGACGCGAUCGACGACCGGUGGGCCGCCUACGACCCGCCGCCGGCCGAGCGCCCGCCGCGCGCGAGUUCGCCGCUCGAAGACGUCGCGGUCGCGCGCUGUGUGGAAAUCAACCAGUGCGUCGGGUGCACUAAGCCACUUCUCGGCGAUGGCGCGGCCGUCCUGGCUCGGUCGAGCGGUGAGGAAUUCACACCGCCACGCCGUCGAGCAGGCGUCGCGUCGAUGGCGUGCAGGGCGACGCGAUGAUUCAGCACGAACGCGCCGUAAAUUUUGAUUUCCACACAGGUCGCGCGUGCCGCCGACGCGGGCGGCGCGCUCGAGGUCGUCGCUGUGCGGCCAGGUUCCGCGGCGGAGCGAGCCGAUAUUCGAGUGGGCGAUCUCGUAACCGACGUGAACGGGCGGCCGACGAAGCGGAUGCGCGCGCCCGUCGGCGCGCGGAAACGCGCCGCGCCGCUCGCUGCCUACGCCCAGAGCGCCCGGUCGACGCUCGACGUGCAACGCGGCUCGAAGCGCUUCCGUGCGGCGCUCGCGCCGGGCGUGCGACCGGCGCGGGACGUGACGACGGCGCGAUUGGGCGACGCGCGGUACGUGCGAAUCGCAGCCUUUGAGCGCGGGACCGCCGCAAAACUGGCGGCGCUGCUGCUCGAACGCGACGCGCCGCCCGUGCUCGUGCUGGACCUCCGGAACAACAACGGCGGCGAGCUGCAGGAGGCGCUCCGGGCGUCCGCGCUCUUCUUCGACGACGCGUACUUUCUGCCGCCGACCCGGGCAUAUCGCGCCGCGCCGUUCCAUCCGCCCCGCGGCGGCGGCGCCGAGGACAUGACGCCGCUCUGCUUCACGGCGAAUUCGCGCGGGGAAUAUACUGACCACGACGUCGAGGAAUUUCGGACGGACCGCCUCUACCCGCGAGCUCCGGCCGGCGCCGCGCCGCGGCCGCCGACGAAGGUGGUGUUGGUGGCGAACCGCGGGACCGCGUCGGCCGCCGAGGCAUUCGCCAGCGCCCUGCGCGACAACGGCGUCGCGACAUUCGUCGGCGAGCGCACCUUCGGCAAGGCGCUCGUGCAGCACGCCUUUCCGCUCCCGGACGGCGGCGCGCUCCGCCUGACCGUCGCCGAGCUCCUGAGUCCGCGCCAGAAACACUUAGCGCCAGCGACGCUCGCCGACCUUCGCGAUCCGGCGGCCGCGCGCGGCGGCCUCGCGCCCGACAAACCGCUUGGGCGCGCGUGCGCGCCUGGCCCCGCGUCGGACGUUGGAGAAGACGCAUGUAUCCUCGCCGCGCUUGACGCGGCGCGGUAGUAUUAAUGUUGCUUGUGAUUAAUAUAAGACGGGAGGAUGGGGACACGAUGUACACAGCGAAUA